AUGGAUUCUAUGUGGACGGAAUCUCGUUUUAUGCCUGCGAACGAUGAGGACCUCGCGAACGGAGCGUGGUGCCACGACGCACACAUGCUACAAGAGUUAAUAAGAUUGAACGAGUUCAUGAAGAAACAGACGGACUUCAGCGGCGAUAAACUUCCGGAUAACGUCGACGUUAAAGAACCCAAGAAUCAGAGUAAUUAUUCAGAGAAAAGAGCAAAACCCGACGCACGCGAAGUACAUAUUCAAUCGAUUACGAAGAGUAUCUCUUCUUUGGAGGGGAAGAACAUUUCCUCGAGCGUCACUGUAUUGAACGUUCAUUCGAAAACUACCUUGAAAACGACGGAAGGCAAGGACAAGGUUCCUCGAGCUUCGACCCCGAAAAGGGGUGAACGUUCCCCAAAUAAAAAGAAUCGAUCUCCUAAAGUAAAUUCACAUCCUCAUAGCAAGUAUGAGAGUUUUGGUUCACCAAGGAGAGACAGAAGGGCUAAUUCUACUUUUCAAACCGAAUUUCGUGUUUCACCAAAGGGAACGUGUAGCGUGUAUAACAGAAACACUGUCGAUUCUCUUUUCAAUUGCCCUUUCGAAUUAGUGGAACUCUAUUCCAGUAAGAAAGGUAAAAGCGAGAGCGAUUCUAGCGCGAAUCAACGGAACUCGAUGGUCUCUUCCCCGAGAAACGAUGGGAAAAUCGUAUCUGUGGAUGCUGAUUUCCUAUCACCGGAAAUGAAGAAGAAACGUAGUAUGGAUCCUAAAAACAUUAAAACUAAUUCGGAAGACGUUAAACUAAAUCGACGUCAACAAGUGGCAGUACAGAAAAAUAAUUUAAAUUUGGGAAAAGUGCAGGAAAAUUCAAAUGAAAGUAGCUUCGAGAAAAGUAUACGAGUGAAGAAUUCUAAUAAAUGUAACGCGAGAGAAACGUAUUAUCACGAGAAUGGGAGUCAGAUGUUGAGAUUACAACUACCAGACACUGGAAUCGAAGAUAACAAAUAUGAAGAUAACGCUUCAACAUUACCUGAGGAAACUAACGAAAUUACUAUAAUAGCAGAUAGGACACGUACAAUGGAAGAAAAGAGUGCCUCGAUAACCGAAGAACGGGAAAAGCCUGAAAAAUUUAUCGCAGCAAGCAACGAUGAGAAACUGAAACGUGAUAGUCCUCGUGAUAAAACCAUGGAUGAGAAUGAUCUACCCGGGAAAGAAGAGUGCAAAACGAAACGGCAAGAUGUCAAAUCUGACAGCAAUCCUAACGAGUCCUCAACCGAUAGCGAAAGUAAAAUGUCAAAAAGCACAAUGGAAUCAGAGGAGUCCAACAGUUUCGGAGAUUUGAAAACCGAGUCAUCGUCAAUAGACAACGUCGAAGGCUCCAAAGAAGUAAGACCGAAUCCCGAGGAUUUGAAAGAGGAAUCAGCUGAAAACAAGUUUAAGAUAAUAAUCGAGAAACGAAUGAAUAAGCCAAAUGAUGUAAAAAAACGAGAGACCAAGAUAAUCGAUGCUAAUUUAUGUACUGACAACGUGCAACCGAUGGGUCGUAAAGAUGAGGGACAAGAAUUCCAAGAUUCUUGUAAUAAAAGUAUGAGGUUCGAUACCCAAGAUGCAACACGCGGAAUAACUUUCCGAGAAUCCAGUCGAAACAUCGAUUGUGAGGACGCUAACAUAUGCAGGAUGUUGACAAAGAUUCAUGAACGUUUGGCUAUCGACUGGCAGCGGAUGAUGAGGCUUCAGAUGAAACUGCAGAGCACCGUUUGUCCGGAUUCUGCUAAUACGAUGAUGCUGAUGUUACAGUUACUGGAUAAAACAAUAGCUAGGUGCAAGAGUUACAUUCACGGGUCGAACGACGGAUUCGAAGCUGAGACGAGCAUCACUAAACUGCUGUCGAAAAACAUCCUCGAUUUGGUGAAAGUGGUCAACAAGAAUAGAAUCACUUUGGAAGAUCAAGAGAAACGAGUCGAUCAAAUGCAGCUAGAACUGCUCCAAGGGCGUCAUGCGCCCAAAAAAAGGAGUAUCUUGAACGAGAUAACGUUGACUUCGAAUUAUUGGGCGAACGAAAUAUCCUGCAUAAUAGAGACCAUGUCGCGUUUAGUAAAGAACGUGAUGGCAGAGAAUGAAGAGAAGGAGAACGUUCGUAGCCCGCGGAAAUCAAAAGCGUCGCAGCGUCGAGUGUUCACUAGUUCUUCUGCUAAUGAUACUAAACAAAAAGUAGGACACGUUCGUACAAGAAGCGCCAGGCCGAACGUAGCGAAAAAGGAAAGUGCCGUCGGAACACAAAUGUCCUGCGUUUCGAAUUCCGUGAAUACGUUGAGGCAAUCGAGAUCCAAGACAUACACUAAGUCCUUCGGCUCAGCGAGAAGCCCCAGGCGAGAAAAGCAUCCUGAUAAUAUUCAGACGAAUACAGAUAAGAAGACGGUUGAUAACAGUCGUCAUUGGGAGAGAAUCAAGUCGUCUAAAAUAGCGUUGAACGCUAGUUCUAGUCAGUAUAAGCAGACAGUGUCCAGGCAGAAGCAUCGAGCACCUGGCAAUCAACCCCAGCCUUGGAAACCAGGAGGUGGGCCUGUGUCCAAGAUGCCAGCAUCGAACAGUGUGAUCACGUUAUUACAGAAACCACAGAAAACGACGCACCUCAAGGAAAACGCUAAGUCAACAAAUAAACGGGGAAAUUCGAUGGACCACAUCCUCACGAAGAAGAAUCUUACGAAUAUGGAUGACAACGGGAAACGAACUACGAGGACGCACAAUUAUACCGGAGAGAAACAGAGAAACGAAGCAAAGAGAAAACCAUCCGAAACGUAUUCCACAAAAACCACUGUGCCUGUCUUAAACAUCGACAACUUAAACGCAGGGGACAGAAGCAGUAUAAGCUUAAAAGCAAGUUCCAUGAUGAAACCAAAGCCAAAAACAUCAGCUAGAAGUUACAACGAGUCCCUAAGAAGAGGUUCAUCGGAUCACGCCUGUCCAAGGACUUUCACGAACUCUUCCUGCGAAGUUGAUAGGAAAUCCGCGAGGCAAUCGGAGAUCCUUCGGGAAUUGGAAGAAAUUAUUAAGGAUGCACCGAAAGAGGAAGACAAGGACUCCGAGGAUUCACAUUUUUACCAACUGUGCAAUGAAACCAGUUCCGUUUCCUUCGAUUCGCGUAGGUCAAAUUUGUUUAACGAAAUUCCAAACGACGAGGAACCUACCAGAGACGUCGAUUACUAUCGAUUCGAUAUAAGCGAAAUGAAGCUCAGUGAAAGAUUUUUCGAGGACAGUCAAAUGAUGGAUAAGAUUUCAGAGAAGUCCUCGGUGCCUGUUAACGAGAGAGAGUCGAUGGAAUUCUCAUCUCUCACGAACGUCAAGGACGAUUCUCAGCCGGGCGCUGGUCCUCUGGAAACCAGUGCAAGCUGUACUCCAAGUGUCGGGUCCAGCUCUUCGUCGAAUCUCUGCUGCCAGGAAAAAACAGUCACGAGAGAUGAUAAGGAGGCACAGAAACAUGAUAUCAGGGAACCGAGGAAUGUUAAUUCACUAAUUAAAAAGGAUAAGAUUAGGAUGAAUCCUCACGCAGUUUCGUUGAGCAUGCUGAAGGACUUCCUCUGCGAUCAGGGAAUCGAUGUUGAUUUAGUUAACAAGGCUGAGAAGAAUUUGAAGGACAAACAAAAGACCUAUUUAAAGAGAAAGUCCAUCAGCUUUGCCAAUGUGCCGACAAACGAUGAUAAUUUUCUCAGAGUAGAUAGUAAGAAAGAAUUGAAGGGAACUGUUUUGCAUUUGCAGGAAAUGAAGGACAACGCAACGUGUACGAUUAUAAGCUGCAGCAAUGCUUAUUCGCAGACUAUCGUUCGUUGCAUGGUAUCGAAAAGCUUGCAGACGAUACCUAAUCCAAAGAUUCAAAUUUGGAAGCCUGCCAUCUUGCGCGCUAUAGAGACGCAAACGGAACUGAAAGCAAGAAACGCGUGUUCCAUGACGGACGAUUUCGACCAAGAAAAGAAUCUGAAGCAUCAAGAUUUUCCUUUAAAAAACAGUUGCCCUUUUUACAGAACUUCGUCGCGAUCAGCUGACUUCGAAGAAAAGAUAAGUAGAAACAACGAGGGCUCGAAGGAGUGUUCUCACGUAUUGCAAGAACUGUUGUUGAACCGAUUGAAGGAAGAAUCGAACGAGUCUCUAUCCAACGUGAGACCAACAGACUCAAACGAGUCUCUGUCAAUCAGUUAUUCGGAUUCUUCAGUCGAAUCGUCGAAGAAGUUCAGCGCGAACGAAGAAGAAGACCAAAAGCCUGUCAACGUGAUUUCUAGCGAAAUAGUGGCAGCCCUUCGGCUGGCGGAGAUCCGGGGAAGAAACGUGUGCAAGGCACUGGAAAUAUAUAGAAGGACCUUGCGGAAUAAAGUGAAGAAGCUGAAGAAACGAACGAAGCGCAGGAAAACUAUCAGCAAGAUAUUGAAAGGAUCGAAAGAAGAAUGCAGAAGUCUAUCGGGGAGCGACAGUGUAAAGAUGAUUGCGCAGAAGAAGAACAAGAAGAGGAAUGAAAUAAUUGAGGCUCUGCGGCAAGCGGAACUCGCUUCGACGUUCAGUAAAACUUCUUUCGAUCCUCAAAGCGAGUCCCAAGAAGAAUAUUUCGAGUCCGUUGGACCGUCGACGGUGACUCCUUCGUCCAGCAUCACCGGUGAAUUCUCGAAUCAACUGGUGGUUCAAAGAAAAUCGUCUAGCAGCGUUACAGCGAGAGAUGUGAGGUCCUUGAUAGAAUUUCUCAUCGACGAGACUAGCGACGUCAAGUUCGAAAGCACUGAAGGGACGAAUCUCAACGUCUGCGCUGUAUUUUAUGGGAACACCGAUAGACGGUUUUCUUUAUUGUCCAGGGAGAAUAUAUUAUUGCCUUUGAUUUAUGGUAUACUAUGCUACGUUGUCUUCUGGUGUCUGCAGUUUACCAUCGUCUGUGAUGUCUCGUGA